AUGGUUGACACAAUUUACAUCGCUUUUGCCGUUGCGUCUGCGGUUAUCUUUAUUCCAGGUGUGGUUUUAAACUUCCUCAUCUGCCUGGUGUUUUACAAAAACGAACAAUUUCGCACUCCACCGAACGUGUUCAUCGCAAGUGUCGCCGCAAGUGAUCUGCUUUAUUCAGCGACCACAUUACCACUUCUCAUUGUUACAAACGCCUAUGGGAGAUGGAUUUAUGGAGAAAAAGGUUGCAAAGCAGCUGCAUUUAUUACGGCUUUUUCAGGGCUGGUCUCAAUGAUGCAUUUGGCAGCUGCUUCAUACGAGCGAUACACCGUUUUAGCGUUUCCUCUUACAAGCCGCACAACUAUCACCUUUCAAAAAGCUGUCCGUAUUUCAGUUGCACUAUGGUCGUAUUCCCUGUUCUGGAGUGUUAUGCCCCUGUGUGGAUGGUCAGGGUAUGCACAGGAGGGUGUUGGCACAAGUUGUGCCUUGAGGUGGAGGUCGAGUCAAAAAAUUGAUUUGACCUUCAAUAUUUGCCUAAUAUUCGCCAGCUAUCUAUUGCCUGUGUGCGUAAUGGGCUUUUCAUAUUUUAAAUGCUGCAAAGAAAUUGUUGCGGGAACAAGAAGGGCAAAAAUCAUUUGGGGAAAGUCGUCGAACUUCACAAGAAAAGCUACUGAAGUAAAACACAAGAUGCUCAUCCUUUUUGGAAUAAUGACCGUGGCAUUCAUCAUGGCCUGGACUCCAUAUGCAACAGUUUCGCUUAUAUCGAUGAUUGGUGGACCCUACGUCAUCAGUGACGUGACAGCAUCCAUCCCAGCAUAUCUUGCUAAAUCAUCAUAUUGUAUCAACCCGAUAAUUUACGUUUUUCGGAACAAGAGAUUGAGGCGGCAGAUCAAAUGCAUUAUACGGAGUGCGAGGUAG